CGGGCAUUUCCGGUAUUCCAAGAUGGUGGACUUUUCUGAAAAAGAUCUCCAGGAUUACUAACUAACAAGGAUUUAACAUAUAUUCGGAUUUAACUUUGGUUCUGGAGGAAUAGAAAAAGCAAAUACAAGAUGAGUUCUCCAACCAAUUCCAACCAGUAUGCAUCAGGGCGGAGACGCCAGUCGGCUGGUUCCCAGAGAACAUUCACAGCAGAGGACCAGGCAUUGAACCAAAUUGCAAGAGAGGCUGAGCAGCGGUUGGCUGCAAAGAGGGCCGCCCGGUCCGAGGCCCGGGAAAUCAGGAUGCGGGAACUGGAGAGGCAACAGAAAGAGAGUGACGAGCAGCAGAAAGCUGGCGGCGUUCCGAUUCCUAGGGCCGAAGAAAAACAAGACCGCCAUUAUGAAAUCAUGACGGAACAUCGGUCAUCUGAGACUUCUGAGACUAAGUUGCCAAUACUACGCUCAAAGGAAUUUUUCAAAGUCAAAUCAAAAUCCACGGCAUCAGAAAUAAGACGAUUAAGAAUAAGAACGUCGCGUGACCGAGAUGGAUAUAUUCCCCCCUCCACAGUACGGCAGUUGUCCACAAGCAGUUUCACGAGCUCACGACGAAGCAGUGAGGAUUCUAUAGAAAAUGACAAAGGGGUGGAUCUAAAGUCAUUAAUACAGGAACUAGAAGACAAGUACAAGAAGGCUGCGAUGAGUAACGCCCAGUUAGAUAAUGAAAAACAGACUUUGAAGUAUCAAGUGGAUCAUUUUAAGGAUUUAGUGGACGAGCUUGAGGAAGGAUACACGGAGGCAAUGAGACAAUAUAAAGAUAAAGCGAGGGAUUUAGAUUUCCAGAAAAGGUCAUAUAAAGAUCUCGAACGUGAUGUGGAAUUCUUAAAAGAACAAAUAAAACAACGUGAUAAAUUGAUUGAAGAACAUGGUUUAGUUUUAGUAGGCGUAGAAGAUAAAGAAAAUGAGAAUGGUGGGAUAGCGGCACUGGUAUCUCCAGAGACGGCGCAGCUACUGGAGGAAGUUGAUGGGUCGUUAGAUGAAAGAAUAAAGAAAUUUUUGGAGGAAAAAAGGGAGUUAAAUCUAGAGAUAAAGAGAUUAAAAGAAGAACUAGAAGAAGCUACUGCACAUAAUAGCUUAGCCGCAAAGUUUAACCAUCCGGAAUCGCCAAAAAUGAAUGGACCGGACAUGGAAGUAUUAGAAAUACAAAGAGAAGCCAAUAAACAAGUGAAUGAUUAUAAAUAUAAGCUUCAGAAGGCUGAACAAGAUAUAACUAAUUUAGAAGGAAAUGUGAUGAGGUUAGAAAGUCAAGUAAAGCGAUGCAAAGUCUCGGCUGAUAAUGCAGAGAAGGUGGAGGAUGAAUUGAAACAGGAGAAGAGGAAGUUAACGAGAGAGUUACGAGAGGCACAAGUCCAGAUUGAGGAGUUACAGACGGCCAACAAUCACCUACAGAAACGUCUGGAGAAAUUAAAGUCAUCCAGAAAUGCACUGCUGAAGUAAUGACAAGAUUGUAUAGAUGUGGCUAUUGUACAAUGUAGAGCCAAUACAGGGUGUCUCAAAAAAGGGCAACAUCUUGCAGUGCUUUCCAAAGUGUCAUUAAUGUAUAAUGAUAAAUCAAAUCCAGUAGGUUAUUUUGGGACAUGAAAUAUCAAAAAGGGCUUUGAGAUAAUUAGGCAGAAUUGUGGAUAAGAUUAAAGGUUGUCUGUAGCCACUUUUUGAGAUAUCCUCUAGAUGAAGGCAAAUUUAUUUGGUUGCUGAUUUCUCAAUGAGAAAGUUCCAGUUGUUUUUAAAUUCCCUCUCGGAUUAUUGUAUGGGUUUGAUUAUAAUACCACAGACCCCUGAUAGGGGUCGUUAGAUAUUGUUGCCCCCAUCUCAGUCCUUGAUCCUGUCAUUCACAUGGUUAUGCCUGUUGGCUAACAUCUGAGGUCUAAUCGUGUGAAUUACAACGGUGCUGAUGGGAGGUACGCGUAAAAUGUGGAUUCUACAUAAUUACGUUAUUUUCUCUCGUCAGGGGUUAUUUAUAUUUGUGGAUUAUUCAUAAAACGUCCACGAAAAAGGCUGUUGUCUCAAGAUGGACUGCUAAAUCUCGCCACUAGAGGGCUCUGGUCCAUCUCACGAACAAAUCAGAGCACCCUCUAGUGUCAAGAUAGGAAACUAGUUUGUAACCACGGGUGGUUUAUUUUAAAAUGUGGAAUGAAAAUAUAUGUGGACCUUGGUGCUCGGGAUUUGUUUCCCUAGAAAUGCCUUGCAAGCAUGGGAUCUGUAUAAAUUGUGGGCUCCCCAGCUCGGGAUCCAAGUUAUACCCAUUCUGCAUUAAGCGCUGGUGUGUUGAUUUUUGCAUGUAGUAGCUAUUAAACUUAUGGAUUGCAUUCAAAAUAACCUCUUCAUUACUAUCGGGGUCUUAACUGACUUAAAAAGUGGGAUGAAUAGUUUCUAGCCAGUAACGUUUGAUCAGUCUUCAUCAUUGUCGACGAACCCUUCUCAUUUCCCGAAUUAUCCGUGAUUGGCCCGUAAUGUUUGGUUUGUAAUACUAAAUCAUAUAUGCUUGCAGUAACGACGACAUUUUAGACCUCAUCUUGGCAUUUUUUUGCCAAAAGUAUAAGCAUUUCCAUAACUUGUAGAAUUCCAGUGUACAGAUGGAAUAUGGUUGAAGAAGUCA